AUAAUUGUCUCCCUGUCGCUCACAAUGCUGCUGUAUGUGAUGUCAUCAUUCACGCAGCAAAGACUGUAAACAAACAAACAAACAAACACCCAAACAAACAAACAAAUAAAUGGAAAAAAAAACUGCAAUUGUGUUUUGAUUGGCGUACUGAAAAGAAACAUCCAGACUACAUUCUGAAUGUUGUCUGACAAACUGUUCAAUGUUUUUGAAAACAUCUGCUUGUACAUUGAGAACAUCUGAAUCAUCCAUUGUAUGACCAUCGAUCCAUCGGAUGUCAUCAAUGUGGAAUUCUCGAAAAGAUCCUUCUAGACUCGCCCAGCAUUACGCAACACCCACCAAAAUCCAUGGUCAGGCGACACAUCACAGGCUAAAAUCGAACUGGCAUUGAUUAACCUAGAUAUAUAGCCAUAAUCGAACUGCCAACUCAGCUGACUGACUGUGUAAAUAUCACGCAACCAAACGGUUUUAAAUGUGUGGUACAUGUAUACAAGGUCGGAGGUAGAUUGGGUUAACCAUUAAUUUCUGCCUAUGCAGGACUUGUGUACGUGUUCACGCCAUACCUAUGAGUAUCUGCAUGGUUUAGCGGUGGUGUGAUCUUUGCUGUGUCUUCAUGUUUUUCUUCACGGGCAGUUCAGGGAAAUCUACCAGCAGAUUUGGCUGUGAAUUAUGAGUCAUGUAUGUGUGCUAAUAAUAAAUCUCCAUUAUUAUAAAGUGAACCUACAGGAGAACUGCCGUGUUAUUGACUGUACAUAAUGUACAUGUACAUGUAUGCAUUCCAUUUGGAAAUUUUACACUGGACAAACACAGGAAUGCAAAUGUACUUGUAGAAGUGUCAAACGAUAAGACCUUGUUGAUUUGAAUGAUAUCUUUGGCAUCAGUACGUAUAAACUGCGCUCUAAUUAAAAUUUCUCGGAGCACAUUCCUGCACGCGUUAGUUAUCACACCCGAAAUAUUGGAACGGACGUGUACCGAUCUUUAGGAAGAAUUAUUGAUUUUGCACCGGAGUCUGUGGUAGUCUGCCUCCAUCGAUCUAAGGGUGGUUUCGGUGUGAGGACGUCUAUCUCUCAUUUGUUGUUGUUUUCGCGUCGCCUCUGAUCCCACAAUGCAGUUCAACAGUCACUGUUCGGGUUCCUGCAUGGAUAGCUGUUGUGAAGAGUGCGGGGAGGAAUUCGCCAACUGCCAGUGCGGAAGGCGGACACGGUCUAUCAAUGCACCGUCACCGUCGCCAUCGUUUGGGCCUAAGGCACAUCUGAAAAAGGUUCCACCUUCUCAGAUCAUGCAUGUGACCGACCCGUCUGGCCAACGAUUGGUGUGGAAAGGAACCCCCCUCUCUGUCCUCAUCAUCAAGAAGAUCAUGGACGACUCUGUCUUGGGUCCCUUCAAGGAGCUCUCAAGAUGGCUGUCUGAGGAGAAGAACCUCUUAAUCUACAUUGAGUCCAAGGUAUUUGAUGACGAGGAUUUGCUCAACGAUAAAGACUUUGCUCCUGUCCGAGCCAAAAUGAAGAGCUUUAAGGAAGGUGUUGAUUUGAGCAACAAGGUGGAUUUUAUUCUUUGCCUAGGUGGAGACGGCACACUACUCUAUGCUUCGUCUCUUUUCCAAGAGGCCAGCGUUCCUCCCGUCAUGGCAUUCCAUCUUGGCUCCCUGGGUUUCCUGACGCCGUUUGAGUUUGAAGAUUUCAAGGAAUCUGUAAAUAUGCUUUUAAAAGGUGACGCCGCAGUUACGUUACGUAGUCGACUAAAAUGCUUGAUCUUCGACAGCAGUGACAUUCCCAACGGUUUUGACAACGACCGUAACGACGAUCCCAACCAGAUCAUACCCCCUACCCCCAAGAAGGUGGACCCACCCAGCCUCAAGUUCAAAUUCCAGGUGCUUAACGACGUCGUCAUUGACAGAGGUCCCUCACCGUACCUCUCCAACAUCGACCUCUACUUAGACCGCCGGAAAGUCACAACGGUCCAAGGUGACGGUUUGAUCAUCUCCACACCGACGGGAAGCACGGCGUACGCCGCGGCGGCUGGUGCGGCUAUGAUGCAUCCUAACGUGCCCGCCAUACUUAUCACUCCGAUCUGUCCUCAUACGUUGUCUUUCAGGCCCAUUGUUGUUCCUGCUGGUGUCGAACUCAUGAUAAUGGUUUCUCCUGAUGCUCGCCACACAGCUUGGGUGUCGCUGGAUGGCAGAAACCGGCAAGAAAUCCACAAAGGAUGGUGUCUUCGGAUCACCACUUCCGUCUUCCCGGUCGCUUCCAUCUGUAGCGCUGAUCAGAUCAGCGAUUGGUUCGACGGCCUCGUCGAGUGCCUACACUGGAACACGCGCCACCAGCAGAAAGCCCUGAACACCCCCAAGAGGGGGGAUAAAAACCGCAACCAGGUCAAUAGUUGAAUAUUGCCCAGUCACUAGUUCAAUAUGUAAAUUAUGGACAAGUUACUUAGUCAAUUUUUGAACAUUUACCAGUCACUAGGCCAAUAUUUCAAUGUUGACCAGCCACUUGGUCAAUAUUUGAAUAUUGCCCAGUCACUAGUUCAAUAUUUGAAUAUUGACAAGUUUUUGGGUCAUAGUUUUGAACAGUUACCAGUCACUAAGCCCAUAGUUCAAUAUCGACCUGCCACUUGGUCAAUAUUUGAAUAUUGAUCAGUCACUAAAUCAAUAUUCCAUUUGAAUUUGAAUAUUUAUGAGCUAUGCAAAUCCAUGUAAAUAUGUAUAGUCUGAAAUUCCCAAUGAGCAUUCAGAGCACGAUAUGAACAAUCACACCGUGCAUCAAAAUGUUUAUUUGGAAAAAUAACAGGGGCAAGUUACUUCAAACAUUCACAAUUUCAUUGCCACUUUGAACAAUACUAUUAAAGAACAGAGAAUUGGUUGUUAAAAUUGGUUGGUUUUUAAAACUUUUGUAGUCAAGAGUAUUAAUUUUUACUUACAAAAUUCGAAUUUUUUUUGCACAAUUCUUGCACUGUGUGUAUAUCUGUUAUAUUUGUAAA